CUGCUUGAGGGGUUGGCAGCUAGUGGGCUGAGGUCUAUCCGGUAUGCCCUGGAGGUUCCGGAGCUGGCUCGUAUCGACGCCAACGACCUGGACAAGGACGCCGUUGCCGCCAUGGGCGCCAACGUGGCCCUCAACGGGGGGGAGGCGGCCGCCAAGAUCCGGGUGCUCUGCAGCGAUGCCCGGUUGACCAUGCUACAAAACCCCGGGGCGUACGACGUCGUGGAUCUGGAUCCGUACGGCACGCCCGCCCAUCUGCUGGACAGCGCCAUACAGGCCGUUGCUGAUGGUGGCUUGCUGAUGGUGACGGCCACCGACAUGGCCAACCUGUGUGGAAAUAACAGCACCGCUUGCUGGGCUAACUACGGCAUCUAUCCCGUACACCGGUCGUACUGUCACGAGAUGGCGCUUCGGAUCGUGCUCGCCUGCAUUGAGACGCACGCAGCCAGGUACAAGAGGCGCAUCGUGCCGCUGCUGAGUUUGUCCGUAGACUUCUACGUGCGCGUGUUUGUCCGCGUGUACACCUCCCCCAACGACGUGAAGGACUCCCCCUCCCGUCUCGCCUACCUGUGGCAGAGCUCGGGAUGCGACUCGUUCUGGCUGCAGCCCGUGGGUCAGAAGCGGCACAACAACGGCCAGAACAAGUACCUGCCCGGCUCCGGACCGGCAGUGGAGCCGCGCUGCCCGGACACUGGCUCCGGCUACCUGAUGGGGGGUCCCAUCUGGUCGGGGGCCCUGCAUGAUGUGGAGUUUCUAUCCACUGUUGCCGCGCACGUUUUCACGACGUUCCCGUACAUGCUCGCACGUUACUCCGCGGUCCACCAGGCGGUCAAGAUCCGGGGCUACUUGCUGACCGCCUCCCAGGAGCUGCCCGACGCGCCGCUGUACUACAAUCUUCACGACAUUUGCAAAAUGGUGCGGAUCACGCCGCCCAAGUCAGACCAGUUCCGCUCGGCGCUCGUUCACGCGGGAUACAGGGUGUCCGGCAGUCACGCCUGCCCCCUGGCCAUCAAGACCGACGCGCCGCCCUCCGUCGUGUGGGACAUCGUGCGGUGCUGGGUGAAGCGCAACGGGGUGUCGGCUGCGGCGGUCAAGGACCCGGAGUCCUACUCAGCCAAGCUGCUGGCCAAGGAGCCCACUUUCGAGGCCAACUUCUCCAUCGUGGCCUCCGCCAUGGCGCGGAACAAGGACGACAAGAUGCCGCGUUUCGUGCACAACCCAGCGUACUGGGGCCCGAAGACGCGGCACGGCAGGUGGGGCAGCGUAUCCAUACCCACACGUGGGCCUUGCACGCAUACACACGUGUGGGACUUACAUGCGCACACAGUGCACACCAGGAAUCGAACCUGA